AUGACAACCAUCAAAGGGCCCGGUGAAGCGCAUUCCUAUGACGGCUCGAAUUUGCGCAUUGGAAUCGUGCAUGCAAGAUGGAAUACGAAGAUCAUCGAUGCGCUUCUCUCCGGAGCUAAGCAAUCACUCAAAGCGGCUGGAGUCAAGGACGAGAACAUUGUCUUACAAUCGGUUCCCGGGAGUUAUGAGCUUCCGUUUGCUGUGCAAAGGAUGUAUUCCGCGUCCCAAGUACAAUCGUCGAGUUCUUCAGCAGGCGGAGCACUUCUGGCUUCAGCCACCGACCUCCUCAGUUCCUCCUCGCAGACCGACCUUACCAAAUCCACCGGGUCCAUCAAGGGCAAAACCUCCACCGCGCCAUUCGAUGCGAUCAUCGCCGUCGGAGCCCUCAUCAAGGGUGAAACGAUGCAUUUCGAAUACAUUUCCGACUCGGUGUCGCAAGCACUGAUGCGGAUUCAGUUGGAUAGUGGGUGUCCCGUCAUCUUCGGCCUGCUAACAUUGGUCACGGAGGAGCAAGGGCUGGCUCGAGCGGGGUUGACUUCGGGGGGACAUAAUCACGGAUUGGAUUGGGGUAAGGCUGCGGUGGAGAUGGGAAUCAAGAGAAGAGGGUGGACCGAGGGGACAUAUGUCGAUUAA